UCGUCCUUUCUCGCUGCAAUUUCCUGCUCGAAAAUCACCAAAAACCACCGACUCACGCAGUUUCCUUCUUUUCCUUCUCCGACGACGGAGAGUAGCUCGCGCCGAAGAUACUCCGGCGAAAUGGACUCGCACGCGCCAUCCACUCCGAGCGGCGGCGGCGGCGGGACGUGCUGGACGGACGAGAAGCACCUGCAUUUCCUGAACUCGCUCGAGUCGUCUUUCCUGCGGGCGAUGUUCGUCAGAAGGAGCAACCGCCCUGUUCUCCGUCUCGAUCGUCAGUUGCCCGACAGCUGCGAGUCGACCUGCGAUUCGGCUCCUCGCAGGACGAGGAAUACGAGGACACGCCGAGAUAUUUGCAGAUCGGGCGGCCCUGCUGCUGCGAAGAAGCCGAGGCGUUCACGUCACUCGCGUAAUCCUCCAUGCGACGAUGAUCAGGUAGUUCCCCAAAUCGCGAAAAGUGCAGCUGGCGAGGAUGAAGAAGACCCCACCAGUCUCCAGGCUACCCAAGGCAGACCCACCUGAGAAAAGACCGAAGACUAUAUCACUAUUUCUGAUCCCUUUUCACUUUUUUCUUUUCUCGUCUGGAAUACCAUAUCAUAACACUAGGAAGAGAUAGAUUAUCAUGGCGAGAGUUCCUUAGGAUAAGAGAAUUUGGGGGCCAGCUAGCAGGAGCUGUCAAUUUGUGUCGCCACAGUUCAAGUUUGAUUUCGAUUGCGAUUGCUUUAAUUAGCUUAAUUUGCAGUUGGGGAGGCCGUCACCCUCAAGCUUUGCCAGAGGGGUUAGACUUUUCGAUGGUGUCUGUCAACAUCGACCCGGAUUUGUUAAGAUUCUUUGGAAUUUCAUAUUCUCGGGUCUUGAUUUUUAUCGGAGUCGGGGGCCUAAACUUUUGUUGGGGGGGCGGCAGAUAUUUUCGCAGCUUUUUAGGCUUGUUUCUUAUUCGUUGGAUUCUGUUCAUUGUACUUUGUACAUAGUGAUGCGAUGGUGAUGAAGACGACGAGCUCUUCGACAGUCGAGAUUUCAUUCUCAGGCUCGGAAAUAUCUCUUGUUCCUACUCAAAUUACAAAACAAGGAUUUGGCACGCUAUGUCCUAAUAA